GUUAGCACAGAAUUGGUGACGUAUUACACAAGCACCUGCAAAGGGAGGAUGGCGAUAGAUUUGCGGAAAAAUAAAGAAGCCCUUUUACAGGCUUAUAACGAAGUAGUCAGUGAUAAAAAUAAUGUAGAUUGGGCAGUUUUUGGAUAUGAAGUUCAGACACCAGUCCUCAAAGUUGUGGAAACUGGAGAAGGUGGACUUGAAGAGAUGUCUGAUAGUCUGAAUGGUUCCAAGAUCAUGUAUGCUUACUGCAAAAUACUGGAUCCUAAUACAAAUCUACCAAAAUAUGUACUCAUUAACUGGCAAGGUGAAGCAGCACCAGAAUCAAUGAAGUUUAAAUGUGCAAAUCAUUUACCAGAUAUUCAGAAAUUCUUCAGGGGUAUACAUGUAGUUAUUAAUGCCAGAACAGAAGAAGACAUAGAUCCAGAUGAUGUUACAAAGAAAGUAGCAAAAUCUUCAGGAUCAAACUACAGUUUCCAUAAGGAAAAACCAAAACCUGUUGAUAGUCCAACACCUGUGGGAUCAGUUUAUCAGAGAACAGUUGCAGCUAGAGAUAUAAACACAAAACAGAGAGAUCAGUUCUGGGCAGAAAAAGAGAAAGAAGAACAAAGAAGAGUAGAAGAAGAUAAGAAGAGAGCAGGGUUAGAAAAAAAGAGACUGGACCAAGAGAGGAGGGAUCGUGAGAAAAAGGAGGCAGAAGACAGAGAUAAACAGGUGAAAGAGAGAAUGAAAGUGGUUCAUGAACAAAAAGUUAGAGAACGAAGAGCUAGUCAGAUAGAUAAUGAAGAAGAAAAGAAAAGAUGGGAAGUUGAACAGAGCAGACAGGUGAUGGAUGAGGAAGAAAGGGCUCAUAGGAGUGAAAUAAUGAGAAAGGAAAGAGCUGCUGAGGCCACUAAAUUAACUUCCUCAUCAGCCUCCAAUGCCAGACAGUUAUUUAAGAGAAGAGAAUCACAAACAGAAGAAGAUUCAAGACGUGCACCACCACCUCCAAGGAAGCUGAGAGGAGAAUUCCUGUCUCAAGGAGAAGACAAUGAACAACCAAGCAGAAAACAACCAAUACAGUUACCAAGAGAAGAAGAACGAAGUCCACCGCCUGGUCGGCAGCCAUCACCUCCAAGGCGACAGCCAUCACCACCAAGGCGGCAGCCAUCACCACCAAGACGGGAACCAUCACCUCCGCCAAGAGAACCAUCACCUCCACCAAGAGAGCCUUCACCUCCUCCCAGGGAGCCAUCACCACCACCCCGUGGUCCUUCACCACCCAGACAAACAUCCCCACCCCCAUCAACAGAGAGUACACCCAAAUCCAGAAAUUUGUUAGCAGAAGGAAUGCCUCAGAGACAAGAUUCCGAUGGAGAACAAGAUGUGGAUGUAUGGGAAGAUGAGCCAGAAACAACAAUCCCAGCUGUUCAACAUGAAGAAACUGUUCAGUAUGAUGAACAAAAUUAUCAACAAGAAGAACAACCUACAGAAGACCAACAAUACACAGGGGCACCAGUAGUAACACCAGGUGGCACUGUGACAGUUACAGCAUUGUAUGACUAUCAAGCAACUGAUGACACUGAAAUAAGCUUUGACCCUGGUGAUAUUAUAACUAAUGUAGAAAUGAUUGAUGAAGGAUGGUGGACAGGUACUGGACCUAAUGGACAUACUGGAAUGUUUCCUGCUAAUUAUGUGGAAGUCAUGGAAUAAUUUAAAUGUGAAACAAAGAUUUCUUAAAUAAUUGGAAUACAUUACUUAUUACAGUAUUUAUUGGAAAUGUUUUUUUUUUUUUUAAAUGGGAUUUCAUAUAAUAAUUUAAUACCAGGAUUUUUUUAUAAUCAAGUUUUAUUGAAAUCUGACAUUGCAGUAAAAUUCUUUUUAUUUGUGAGAUUCAAAGUUGUGGAUUUCAUAGGAAAAAAAACCCAUUUCCAAAUUUGAGUAAUAAAUUGGAUAUUUUACUUGUAUGAGCAUUUUUCACAAACAUCUGAAAACAACUAAAUGAUGUAAAAUUGGGAUCUAACCAUGAUAACACAAGAAGUACUUAGAAUUUUAUCUAGAGCUAUCUAGUUGUGAUAAUUGUCACAAAGUUAAUGUUAGUUGUAUAUUUGAGAUCCUCCAUGUACUUUUAUAUUUUGUUUUGUAACCAGAUCAACAGGAUUGAUCACUUUACAGACAUUUGCUCAUUUUAUAGCUAUAUUAAGCUUUGCUUCAUUUUAUACACUGACUGAAUGUUUACAUGUCAAAAGGAUUUCUGACGACAAUGAUUAUGAAAAUUAUAAUUAACAAUUAGAAAAAUAUCAAUAUAUCUUUAUGGCCUUUUCUUACAUAUCAGACAUUUUAGAACAGUAACAAUUUACAAGAUUUUUGUUUACUCUAGUUUUUUAAUUUUUGUUUCUCAUAAGGGCGUAUAAGACAAUUAAACUCUGUGGAUUAAACAUUUGAAUAUCAGUAAAUUUGAAAACCUUCUUCAUUAUUGACUAAUUUUAUUUUCAUAAUUUACUAAAGUAUUGACUGAUAUUUUUGUUCUGGCAAGCUUUUUAUGUUACUUGAUAAAAAUGUAUGUUUUCAUAUUCCUUAUGAUUCUUUCAGUUUUUCUGAAAUUAGAUAUGCCUAAUAGAAAUAUUCAUUGAAAUCCACAUUGACAUAUUUCAGGGUUGACCCAUUUUUUUUUCUACUUUUAGAUAAUUUUAAUCAUAUUUGAUUUUGUCAUUCAAAGGAAACAUGAUGUAAAUUUUGAAAUUAGUUAAAAUAAAUGAAAUUCAUGGUUGCUCUAUUGCAAUCUUGAUCAGUAGAUUUUUUUAUGAUUAAGUUAUUUGUUAAGCACAUCUGGCAUUGUCAUUAUAUACAAACUACCAUAAAAGAAAUAUUUUUAUUUUAUGGUUUCAUGAUUUGCUUGUAAACGUAUGUUUUCAUUACUUUGCAUUUGAUAUUUAUUCACCUAAGUGUUUAGAUUGUUUUCAAAAUAGUUACAGAAUUGAUGUGGGUAAACUGUUUAAAUGAUAUUAUUUUUAAUUUGGAAACAUGAAUUUUAGGUUUUUGCAAGGAAAAAUCAACAUGUCUAAGGUAUAUCAGUACUAUUCGCAGCAUUUUUUAAAAAAUGGUUGCUGUAUUUAAAUUAAUGACUGCAUACUACUAGUGCAAAAGAAAUCUAUACUUUGCAUAUUAAGAUAGAACAUAAUAUAAAAGCCUUUUGCAAAUAGAAGUUGUCUUUAGUACUUGUCAUAUUUGCUGACACCUUUUUAUGGUAUAUACAUUAUUUGUAUUAGUUUUAUAAUCAGUUUGUAUUACUGAAAGCUUGAAGAGUAGAUGUUGAAAUACAUGUAUGUUCUAUGCAAAUAAAUUAUUGGUGCAUUUUUAAAGAAUUUCAUAGACAUUAAAUUUGUUGAGAAUACAUGGUAUGUAAAUGAUGUAUGAUGAAACCACUACAAUGAUUUUGUAAAUAAACAAUUGUAAAGUC